GACGAGUCGGUGAAGAGUGAAGACGCCAUGCUUCCGCCGCCGCCGCCGCCGCCGCCUUCGCUUCCACCCCGCGUCCUCCCCAACCUUGUAUCGUGCUCCAGGAGGGCCAUCACAUCGGCCUUCUCCGCGGCCUACUCGACAGCGGCGGCGGGAGGCGGCGGCCGCCCCAUCCGGUACGCGGUCCUCGGCGCCGGGUUCGCGGGGCUCUCCGUCGCCUGGCACCUCCUCAAGCAUAGCUCCAAGGAUUCCCGCGUGCGCGUGGACAUCUACGACGAGAACGGCGUCGGGGGAGGCGCCUCGGGCGUUUCCGGAGGGCUUCUCCACCCGUACUCACCUAAAGUGAAGCUUCUAUGGAGGGGUGGUGAAUUCUGGAAGGAGUGCAUGGAUCUGCUUCGCUGCGCGGAACAAGCGAAUGGAUCAGAUGGAGCUAGCGAAGAUGAGACCCUUAUCUGGAGAAGGGGAAUUAUACGGCCGCCUACAAGCGAGAAAACCGCUGACAUAUUGCUGGAGAAUGCUCAGAGUUGCCUCCAGAGUUGCAGCCUUGAAGUUCUUGAUUCGGAUGAGGCACAAUGUCUGGUCCCUGGGUUACGUGUUCCGUUAAACUUUGCGGUUUACAUGCCAUUAGCUUUGAACAUCAAUCCUAAGAAAUAUUUACAGGCUUUGUUCACUGCAUGCCAAAAUUUUUCUGAUGAAGUAUCACUAUCAUCCAGUAAAUGGAAAGAGUGCAAACUUUACAAGGAACACAUCAAUGAUCUACAACAGUUGUCAGGUGAUUAUGAUUCAGUAAUUAUCUGCCUCGGGGGCAAAGCUAGCUCACUUCCAGAACUCACAAAUAAGCUACCUCUUAGAACCUGCAGAGGUGUUAUUGCUGGAUUCAAGUUGCCAUCGGAUACAGUAGAAAUAUAUGGCAGUCAAAGCCCUUCAAUCUUAUCUGAUGCUUGGCUGGCAUUUCAAGGUCCUCGUACCGUUUCCAUUGGGUCGACUUGGCAAUGGAAGUCAGAAAACUAUUCUACAGCUGUAUCUAAUGAUGAAGCUCUUACUGCAAUGGAAGAGCUGCUCCCAAAAGCUUCUGCUGUUUAUCCAGGAAUUACUAAAUGGAAAUUUGUACAGGCAAGGGCUGGGAUAAGAGCAAUGCCUCCAUUGACAGCCAAUGGAUCGUUGCCGCUAUUGGGUUGUUUGAAUAAUGUGGUAGGUAAGAGGAGCAACUGUAAUUUUUGGCUAGUUGGUGGGCUUGGUGCGAGGGGUCUUCUAUACCAUGGAUUGGCUGGAAAGCUUACUGCCAAGGCUGCGAUUUCCUGCGAUGAAAGCCUAAUACCUUCUGAAUUCACUUGCUGGAAAAAACCUUAGAACUUGAAAUGAGUGAAGGAACAUGGAGGAUGGGGGGAGUUGAUCACCAUGCAUCAUUCAGUGCUAACUUGGUCCUGUUUCGUGCAAUGCCUACAUAAAGGAGUGCCGCUGCAUAUCGAAAUAUGAAGCUAAUGUGAGGUCAAACAGUCAAUCCGCAUGGCAUGAACUAAAAUAGGCAACAAGGAUUUCAUUGGAGUUGAUGUGACUGGCUGCCUGCCUUUAGAUGUUCCAGUGAGCAUGUUUAAAGUCUGGAUAUUUUCAGAGGUCAUCUCACAAUUUUCAGCUUGGUUAAGCAGCUUAUGUCAUUCCAGGAAACGUUGUUCAGCCUACUAAACUUCUCCCUAGAUCUCAGCACGAUAUUUGAGUACCAUCAGAAUGCUGACAAUUUUUGUGUUCCUUAUUAUUGUUUUGUACUCUUAGAAAGUAUUUGAAGCAUCUCUCCUGUAAACUUUAGGGCCACGAAAGCAUCUCUUCUGUAAACUUUAGGGACAUGAGGUCGUGAGUUUUGUUUGCAUGGACAGAUUGUUCAUGUCACAAGCUCCACUUGUUUUGAAUAAAUCUCCUGUUUCAGUUGAUCAAGAGCUGCAAAUUUUCAAUUUAUUGUAGCCAUUUUCC